AUGACCGCUCGAACGCAAUUGCAGCUGUUUCAGCGUGGCGUAGACGCUGAGGAUUCCCGUUCAUUCGAGUACGUCUGUGUCCGAGAUCCGGUCCUGCCAUCCCAACUUCAGUGUCUGUCGAAGACAGCCGAGUUGGAAAUGAUUGAGUCUUCGCGCCUGUUUCUUGUACACCAUCCAGGUUACCGCUCCAUACAGCAGCGUCGGCAGUAUGAUCGCCUUACACUUCUUCAGUCUGGUGCUGUACAUCUUGAUUUUGGUGUUGAGGUGGAGACCGUGGCGAUUCCAGACUACGUUUUGCAGGAGGCCAAAGGCUUGGCUGGCUUUGGAGGUCCGGUGGGACACUUCAUCGUUGACCUUGGUGGUGCGAAAGGUGGUGCGGCCCAGGUAGGUGAAUGUGUCCAAGUCGUGCUAUUGUACGCUGUUCACGUUGGUGUGAGGUGCAUUGUAGGCAGCGUCAGGCGGCGGUUGAUGCAUAACCACUAUUUUCUCCGUGUUUAUGAUCAGGCCGAAGUUGUCGCAGGCUGCGGCGAAGAGGUCGAUGCUCCUUUGCACGUCCUUUAUGUUGCAUUGAGGGCGCAGUCGUCGGUGAUGAAAAGUUCAUGGACGGUAGUUGUGGAUAAACGCGACUGGAAAUACAUCCGGCGAUGAUUGUAGAUUUGGCCGCCCGUCAUGUCAGCGAUGAGGAUCCCAGUGCGCUUUUCAAGGUAGGCGUUCAUUAGCCUGACAUCAUCUGGUGUAUUCAUGGUUUCAUCAGCAUCUGUGCGAUAAAUUCGCAGAUGUCCAACCAGGCCGACAAACAUACCAAUCUAGACCGUCUUGACCGACUAUGUCCACUGUGUGCUCCACUGCGUGGUGAGAUCGGGGACGGUGACUUGCACAUGAUUUCUUUUAUAAUUAUUGCAGACUAGCACCACACUACCGCACUCUCUUUCCCCAUCCGGACUCACUGUCAAGGCACAAUCAAAAAGACCGGAGGCGGGAGUGGGCCUACAUGACUGACAUGGUGAGAAUCCGUGCCUAGGCGUGUCACCGCACCCGCACAAUGAACCAGGAUUCUACAGAGCAAGCACGCGGCAGCUCGGAUUCAAACCGAAGCGAAGUACCGUAAAGGCCUUAUUACGAAUGCUUCAUUGCAGCCUGUUUCUCCGCCUUGAGACGAGGACGGAGUCAUAGCGUUCGUAGGCAGUCUUGCAAGUCACAUCUUGCAGAGCACCCUGAGAGAUUUAAGCGCGUCAUAGUGCUUAUUGGGAAGGAUAUGCGGUAAGGGAAUCGACCUCAACCUCUCUUCCUUCCCCCCUCCACCAUUCGGUUGUCCGAGCCGGUCAGUCGCGCCUCACACACGACCUAGUUCCCACACAUCACCGGGUUUUUACACAAAGGCGUAGACUGCUCAGAUUUCACAUGCGUUAGAGUGGGAGAGGGGCCACAUGGAAAGAAGGUCAAAGGGCAGGAUUUCCACUUACGUGAGAGAUAUUGAUUUCGUGCAUAGUAUGGGCGAUGAGAGAUGAGUCCAUGUGUGGUGCAUGUGCUGUGCUGGUCUGCGAUGGUUUACCGCAUAUUAUAAUGGAGAUGCAAAUGACUGGGGAAGCCCAUGCGGUGAUUGGAUGUGCGUGGGCAGUGUGAGCUGCAGACACCGGUCUGCCAGUCUCUGUGCGGUAGACUCGCAAGUAACCGACCAGACCGAUGCAUGAUGUGCAUGUUGAGUAAAAAUGUGAAUGAGAUGGUUGGGAAGAUACUGAGUCGGUUGCAGUGGUGGUGCUGCUAAUAGUGGCCGCGCUGUUAAAUAGGAAGUUGGUAGUGCUGAGAUAGGAGGGUUGUCGGGAGUGCAAGGUGAGUUUGGCUUGUUAAUAUUGUGGUGAAUUCCGCUGUCAUGGAUACAUGUGUGCCCAGAUGGGCUCAUGCAGCGAGUAAAUAUGCGUGGACAGAGCGGAAAGUGAGGGCUGUUGCGGCGAGUGUACGUUGGGAUUCCCUACCCUAGUGCGGCGGUCUCGAAGCGAUGGAUUCACAGAUGACCAACCGGGCUGAUGCGUGAGGUGAAGGUGCUAUCACGAUGGAGACAGGUUGGGAUCGAGUUUGCAUUGUUGGUGGUUGAUGGGGCUUCGGUAGUGUUUCCAUCGGUGGUGUGACGGGAGGAAUAGCCGUUGAUAUAGUCGUGGCGGAGGUUAUGGUAGAGAUGAUAGAGAUGGUCGGCGGUGUCGGCGGCGGCGGCACAUCAGGAGGGCGAUCGCCAAUGAUGCUGAUGGUUGCCAUCAUGGACGCUGUGGGGGCUUUAGGUUACCAGCUUUGAAUCAGUAGUGCGGCUAUCUAAUUCCCUUAUCGGCGUGCUCGUCACUUCUAAGGUAGAAAGUUCUGAGACAGGUGUUUUUGGUUAACAUUCAUGAUUACUUUGGACUUAGAGGUUGCGCAAUUUGCCUGCUCCUUUAUGAUAGGCCAUAGGCGUUAUCUUUCUGUCUUCCAAGUUUGUAACUUCUGUGACCUCGUAUUCGCAGGUGAGCUGAGUGUUAUGGAAGAUUGAGUUCAACGUUGACUUUGAGGCCUGCCUAUUGCUCCGUCUGUUUAUACAGAUGUGUCGUCAGCGUAUACGGUUUAGAAUCCCGGGCGGCAUGACAUAAAGAUCAAUCGUUACAACCUCGGCAAAACCGCUUCUAUGGUCAGUUUGCCCGAUGACACGCGCAGAAAAAUUAGACGCGCCGAGUGUAAGGCAAUGGCGACAGCAGUGAAGGAACAUAAGCCACGAAAUUCCACCAGCGGUUAGCCACACAAAGGCCAGAACCAAUCGGUGACGACCGGGAUGAUUAUGGUAAGAAGCUGAACAAACUUUGAGUAGCGGGAACAGCUACCCAAGCACUUUACCGAUCGAGCCAAGGAAAUUCUCAAAACCUAAACAGGAAUGAACUUCGGUACAUGUAAAUACAUACCCAUACAGGAACGGAUGCAUACCGGUGCAUUGACUUCCCAAGAAAAAGAGCUAAGAGUAAAUGGCAGGAAUCAUGAAAAAGCAACCACCGGCAAGGCUGUCUUCAUACUGCCAAUCACAACCCUGACCACCGUCUGGGGCUAGAAACACAAGCUUACUCACGUACGCGGCGCAGAUUAUCUGUAGGCGACAUAUCUCAGACUGCCUAUUAACCCUUUAACCAUCCGAAGCCCACCAGUAUAUUACUACCUGACCUCAUUUGUCACAGCAGAUCGUGCAGUUAGUCACAGAGAGGUGAGGUGAAUUGGCCGCUCGCUUGUCAAUUUUCUGUACCGUUUGCUUGCGCAUGUCUGUGCUUCUAGUCCCAGAUAAUUGAAAAGGGCACGGUUGGUUGAAUAAAUACAGAAGAAAAUACCUAACCAGCACUAUGUCAAUCCGCCCGCACUUCCGUCGGAAUAUCGCCUGACAUAUAUAAAUAAAGGUGUUUGUGUGAUCCCAAUUGGGUCGCGUGGUAGAUGUGCUGGACCAACAUGGUGGCCAUAUCGGACUCUGGCAGGCGUUAUCGGAUUUCGCACCAUAACAAAUGUCGACAUUUUGGGGUGCGGUGGCGGACCCGGUUGUCGGCAGACGUCGUGCACAUUGGGGUCCCUGCCGCCCACCCAAUUGCUGCUGUUGUUACAAACCUGGUAAAUCUGCUGUGUGGACCAGGGAGCGUGGAGUGGGACGCCAAGGCAGGGCUCGAACGUGCCAUUCACCUGCGCCCUCUCCCACCUCUGGUCUUCUUGACUAUGUCUUGACGCCGAGUCCAGGUGGGGAAGGAGGAGAGAGUGCGGUAGAUGCCGUGUAAGUAUACAAUCACUAUAAACUAGUUCACUAACAAGUCGCCGUCCCUUCUCCACCCUGCUGUGGGGUACACGGCGGAGAUUUUCAACAACAACGGUCGAGCUGUCGUGUGUGAGAUGUAGGGGUGUCCGUCUGUGGGUCAAUGUGACGGUCGAAGUAGGUCGUUCACUUGCUUUUAGGUGCAGACUACACCUGGCGUCCAUUUACUGGCAUUCAGCUCUCACAUGUGGCUCCCCGAAGCUGGGCUCUGUCUAGCGGCCACACCCCGGUAACCGCCUCGACCGGCGGGCUAAACCAGAUGAGAGUAUCCAUACGUGCAUCUCCGCACACGGUAACUUGUUUCCGCUGGCCGGGUGGAUCACCGCCUCGGUAUCUCCGAGACAAGACUCCGUCUGCAGCACCACAGGAGGCCACAGGGUAUGUGAGCCCCCAGGUAAGCGAACAUUGCUCUGCCGUCUUUACUUUGCUUGUUCUUGCUUGAUUGAUCCUGUCUACUUUUUGUGUCUGUCCUUGUUGUAAGCAAAUGCCGUUCCGUUGAAUUUCAUCUGUCUGCCUUUGCUUCGGCUUGUUCUUGCUUGCCUGUCCUUCGUCUGCUUGGUUCUGUUUGUAUUUGCCGUACACUAACUGCCGUUCCUUUGAAUCUGUUUGCCCACCGAACAUAUAUCACAGAAACCAGUUAGCCUUGGGAGGGACGUGAAAGCUCUUCUUCCCGUCUCGCUACGCGUCCAUCAUCCCUCCCUCUUCCCACUCAAAAGUCCUACGGCGAUGUCGCACGCAGGCCCAGGCUAACUCAGGCCAAUAGCGCACUACACAAAAGUCGUGGCCCAUAGUGGAGUUUGGCAGCUUUCUGGGACAACUAAGUAGCCCUAUUGAGGGGGAUCACUGCUCACCCCUGCGAGAGGGAAGGGGCUAGAAAACAAAUGCUGGGGACCCACGCCGUCUGCAGGCUGACCGUGGCCUCAAACGCAAAACUCACGGUUAAAACAACCAAACAAUAAACAAUACUCUCUGUAUUCCCCCUCCUCAUCGUUACCCCACUCGCCGGUCUGGAAGGGUGAUUCCGCUAACUCAGGCAGCCUGGAAUAUUCGCUCCCUUUUAGACAUCGUGGGACGACUGCCCUGCCUGUCGCAGAGUAUCAACGAUCGUCUGAUGAGCCUACGCCUGCCUCUCCGAGGAAGCAAAUUCGCCACCACCAUCAGUGUCUAACUUUCCCCGAUGACCAACCCUGACGAGGCGAGGAACAAAUUCUACGAGGACUUGCAUGCCCUCCUGGCGUCUGUGCCAAAGGCGGAUAAUUUGAUUAUCCUUGGUGACUUUAACGCCCGCGUCGGCACAGACCAUUCUGCCUAGAGAGGAGUGCUGUGUCUCAUGGUCUCGACAGCUCAAAUGGCAGUGGUCUGCUCCUUCUAUGAACCUGUGCAGAAUACCAGCUCAUCCCAACCAAAACCUGCUUCCGCCUCCCGAUGCUGGGGGAAGACCACCUGGAUGCAUCCUCGGUCGCGACACUGGCACCUGCUAGAUUAUGUCCUCGUCCGGAGGCGAGACCAGUGGCACGUGCUGGUGAAAAAGACCGUCCCAGGUGCCGACGGGUGGAGCGAACAUCGUCUCGUCAUCUUCGAGAUGCGGAUUCGCCUAUAGCCCCGCAGGAGACCUCAAGGCAAGCGAACCCCAGGUAAGCUGAAUAUUGCCUUGUUGUCUUUGCCUGCUCACCAUCUCCAUUUCAGCAUCGGGUUAUCUCAACGACUAGUAAACAUUCCAGUCGCCGCCGUCGACGAGAGCGCCUUCGUGGAGAACCCAUGGUGUGAACGGCGGGACAUAGUCCAGUCGACGACCCUCGCUGUCCUCGGUCGCGCACGACGCCAAUACUAGGGCGGGCUCGAUGACAACGACGCCGCUAUCAACAGUGCUCGCCGAGAAGAACCGCCUGUACAAAGCCUACGUCGAACCCCCACCGACGACAACAAAACAACCUUCUACCGUAGUCUCCGCCUUGUGCAACAACGGUUUCGAGAGAUGCAGGACGCUUGGACGGCUCGGAAGGCUGGAGAGAUCCAAAGGUACGCGGAUCGCAGCGAAUGGAGGAAUUUCUUCCCCGCGAUCGAGGCUGUCCAUGGCCCGUCAACCAAGACAACUGCUCCUCUUCUCAGCGUCGACGGCAGUACCCCACUCACCGAGAAGAUACAAAUUCUCCAGCGAUGGGCCGAACACUUCAGAGGCGUCCACCAUCUCAGACGCCGCUAUCGCCCGUCUGCCUCAAGUGGAGACCAACACCGACCUCGAUCUCACGCCCCAUUUGCACGAAACCAUUAG